CAGCUAAAGCUUUCCAAACAGGGUAGUAUGCUUACACCACCAUACUUACUGAGAUAUUUAUAGCAGGGUCUCAUGUUAACUCAGCUGCUUUGCUUAUCUGUGUGUGCAUGCACACAUGGCUGUGCCACUCUUAUUUCAGUCUAUCUGUGUCUCUCAGUGAGUGACAGUGGGACUUUGUGCCUUGUGCACAAAACUUUUUUUUUUUUUUUAAUUCCUCAAAGGAAGCCUACAAGGUCCACAGUGGGAUUGUUUCAUUAUUUCACCUAUUCACAACAACAAACAGGCACAACUGGCUGAAUUGUAUGUGUGUGGGUCCUGUCCAAAAUGGCACUGUCCUCACGCUUAAAACUUUGGGAGCAGAAGAUCAAGAAUGAGAAGAAGCCGCUGCCGGCUACUCAACCUCCCCCUCCUCUUUCUGUUGUACCCGGAGGAUUCCUUAAGCAACUUGUGAGAGAGACAGAGAAGGAGACAAGACUGAAAGAACCCGAGCUCAAGGAAGAAAAGACGCCAAGCAAACUAAGUGAGAACCUAGUCCAGCAGUUCCUGCUUCCAGACCAAACUCCACCCAUCUUGGAGGCAGAGAUAGCCCUCAGGGCAGAGCAAAUGGUCAGUACUGCCUUGUGGGAGAGAAAAACAUCCUCCCCAAAACAGAUCCCAAGUCCAGACUCCAUGAACCAAAAAGACGACUUCAGAGUCAGUACACCAGUGGUCAGUAACCAUAAACAUGAGAACGGCUCCAACAUAUCAAAGUUUCCAGAUGUGUCUGUGAAACAAGAGAAUCUGAAAGAACAAGCAAUGGCACAACUGGAUGUAAAAGAGGUUAAGGAAGAGAAGAUCAGAGAAGUGAGGCAAGAGCCAGAGGGACAUCUUGCUGAUAGCACUCUAACAGAGGAAACCAAGAGACUUGUGAGGGAUGUUUGGUAUGAAGCUGGUACAGUGUGGUACGCGCAUAAAAAUGGCUUCACCCUUGCCACUCAGAUGAAGCCAGAUGAGGGCACACCUGAGCUCCCUUAUGGGAAAGUGAGGAUUCAACUCCACACAGAUGGCUCUAUACACGAUGUCACACAGUACGAGAUCGAAAAGCUGAACCCACCAGAGCUGGACCUUUGUGAGGACUUGAGUCAAUUAAUGAGUGUGAAUGAGUCAAGCAUCCUGCACACUCUGGCCAGCCGAGCCAAAGCCCACAUGGCCCUAACACAGGCUGGACCAAACCUGUUGGCCCUCUGGCCUCCAUUAGCAACACCUGGCAAGGGGCUCCGAACCCAUCGCUGGGACAAAUGGGAAGCUCCUUCUCUUCUGCAUGCAGUGGUACACAAGGUUUAUAUGUCUAUGGUGGGCCAAAGGAGGGAUCAGAGUGUGGUGGCCCUGGGUCGUAGUGGCACAGGUAAGACUACCUUGUGCCAAACUUUUGCCCAGGAACUUCUCAAACAUGCUGGCACAGAAGGAGAAAACGUUACAUGGUCUGGGGUUCGAUUCCCGCCGGGGCCAUGUGUGUGUGCGGAGUUUGCAUGUUCUCCCCGUGCUGCGGGGGUUUCCUCCGGGUACUCCGGUUUCCUCCCCCAGUCCAAAGACAUGCAAGUGGAGCGUCUCCAGGCCAUGUUCACUGUACUGCACUCUUUUGGCUGUGUAAGCUCCCAUCACAGCGAGGCCUCCAACCGAUUUGCCAUGGUGCUUUCUCUGGAUUUCAACCAUAAAGGUCUUGCAGCUGCAGUACACCUUCAGACUAUGAUGCUGGAUAGGUGGAAGGUUUGCCAUAGGACUGAGGGAGAGAGCAACUUCUUAAUCUUCACCCAGAUGCUGGCAGGACUUAGUGCUGAAAUGAGGUCAGAGCUACAGCUUCAUCAGUUACCAGAGAGCAAUAUAUUUGGCAUAAGUUGCCCCACCAAGGUGGAUGAGAAGCAGAGGGCUACAGUAGAAUUUGGAAGACUAUUAGCAGCCAUGAACACACUUGGGUUCUCACCUGAUGAACAGCGGGCCAUUUGGCAUGUUCUGGCUGGAAUAUACCACUUAGGCAUGGCUGGGGCAUGCAAAGUUGGACGAAAGCAGUUCAUGAGUUUUGAGAGUGCUCAGGUUGCCAGUGCUGUUCUUGGCUGUGAGGGAGAAGAUCUUCACACUGCAGUAUUCAAACAUCACUUAAGGCAACUACUGCAGAGGGCCACUGGAGCCACUAGAGAGCGCCACAUUGCAGAGGAACAAGGGGAAGGUCCUAAACUGUCUGCAGUUCAGUGUGUGGAGGGCAUGGUGUCUGGUCUUUAUGAGGAACUGUUUACAGCUAUUGUUUCUCUGAUUAACAGAGCUCUGUGCUCCCAGCAGCUAACAUUAGGCUCUGUGAUUGUGGUAGACACGCCAGGUCUACGUAACCCCAGACACAGUGGUAAAGACAGGGCUGCUGGCUUUUCUGAGUUUUGCCAUAACUACCUACAGGAAAGGCUUCUGGAGCACCAUUUCACACACACCUUCACAAAUGUUCUUGACAGAUGUACACAGGAGAGAGUGCCUGUAGAUUUUGAAGCCCCUGAGGACAGUCCUCAAAAUGUGGUGUGUGCUAUAGACCAACCAGGACUACAGGUUCGAGGGCCGGAGGGUGACCCUCGUGGCCUUCUUUGGGUUCUAGAUGAGGAGCUAGUCACUCCCAAUUCUUCUGAGAACACUGUUCUGGAGAGGAUAUGCCAUUACUUCAGUGAUACAGUGCGUCUGUGUGAACAGCCUCUACAGUGUGAGAUUGCUCAUCUAAUGGGCUCUGAUCCGAUUCGCUAUGACCUAUCUGGCUGGUUUGGACUGGUCCAAAAUAACCCCUCUGCCCUCAAUGCUAGCUCCAUUCUGCAGAACUCCUCUAUUCAUGUAGUAAAAGCUCUGUUUGCUCAACGGGCCUCGGUUCCUCCUUUGUCUCGGUGUUUGGGUGGUGUUGAAGGAGGCUCACAGCGCUUUCUGGAGAGAAGUGGGAACGUGCGCAAGACCUUAACUGGAGGAAUGGCUGCCAUCAGGAGACACUCACACUGCAUCUCUAUUAAACUGCAAGUGGAUGCUCUCAUAAACCUGAUUCGUCGUGCACAGCCAGUUUUCCUACAGUGUCUCAGUGCUAAGGUUGACGGUGGUGGCGUUGAUGUUCCUGCAUUACGCACCCAGCUACACGCAACCCACUUACUACCUGCUUUGCAACUGUAUCGUAUAGGCUACCCCGAUCAUAUGUCUCUGAGUGAUUUCCGCUGCCGCUUCCAGGCACUGUCACCUACUGUAAUGAAACGCUAUGGUUCUGUCUUUAUCACUCCAAAUGAGAGAAAGGCAGUGGAGGAAUUAUUGAUCAAAUUGGAUCUGGAUAAGAAGAGUAUUGUUCUGGGAGCAAGCAAGGUAUUCUUAAAACAUGGUGUCUUGAAAUUGCUGGUUGUGCAAAGGGAUGGCUUGGUCAACAACUGGCUGGUGCAGAUGCAGGCCGCCUGUUUGGGGCAUUUGGCACGGCAGAGAUAUCGCCGUCUGAAGGUGCAACAGAUGGCUGUGAGAUGUAUCCAGCGAAAUGUCCGUGUUCUGGACCGAGUCGCCUCCUGGAGUUGGUGGAAAUUGCUGUGUAGAAUGCGUCUUCUGCUGGACGUUAAUAUAGAUGAACACAAGAUCCGGGCAAAAGAGGAUGAGAUCAGUAUACUGAGGAGGCGACUAGAGAAGUCUGAGAAGGAACGUAUUGAACUUAGACAGACUGCAGACAACCUGGAGACCAAGAUAAUGGCUGUGGUAUCUGAGCUGAGUGAUGAGAGGUUUUGGGGAGAGGCUGUGAGUCAGGCCUUAGACACAGAGAGAGCAGAGAGACUUCGUCUCACCAAGGAAAACAAGGAGUUACAGGAUCGUUUGGAUCAGAGCAAAGUCACUGUGGAAGCACUAGAAAAGCAGCUGACUAAGGAGAAGCAGAGAGCCGAAAGCAAAGAGACACUGAGUGGCAUGGCUACAGAGGGUGAAUUACAGAUGCAGUUGGAUUGUGCACAGACAGAAGUGAAGUUUCUACGCAGACGAUUGCAUCAGACAGAUGAGAGGUUUGAGGUUGAGAAAGAGGCACGAGAACUGUUGGACACCAAGGUUUUGGAGCUGCAAGCCCAGCUGGAACAGUCAAAACGUAUGGUCACAGAGCUGAAGCGGCACUGCUGGCACGUGACUUCCGACCUGCAAGAUGCCCGUGUGCUUAUGGACAGCUUGCAGGCACGCAUUCAUGACCUGGAUAGGAAGCAGAGGAGGUUUGACAGUGAGCUUACCAGGGCUCUAGAGGAAGCAGAUAAUGAGAGAGAGCAAAAGGACAAGGCCAUUCAGGAGAACAUAGCUCUGGGAGCAGAAAUCUUUUCUCUCCAUCGGACUCUGAAGGAGAGUCAGCUGGAGGUACAACACUUGCAGUAUCAAAAACAAGAGCUUUGUGCUCAGAUCCGAGACCUCACUUUGACCCUGAACCUUGGUUCAGACUCUGUGCCUGAGCUGAAGAAACAACUACGUGAACUUGACAGCAGAGAUAAGGAGCGUGCUCAGGAACUUGCCAACAUGACAGUAAAAAUUCAGCAACAGGAACAGAUACAUCUACGCUUUGAGAUAGAGAUGGAGAGAAUGAAGCAGAUCCAUCAGAAGGAGCUGGAGGACAAGGAUGAGGAGCUAGAGGAUGUGCAGAAGUCUUCACAGAGACGGCUCAGGCAGUUAGAGAUGCAGAUGGAACAAGAGUAUGAGGAAAAGCAGAUGGUAGUGCAUGAGAAACAUGACUUGGAAGGAUUGAUCGCAACUCUGUGUGAACAGGUGGGCCACAGAGAUUUUGAUGUGGAGAAGCGACUCCGGCGAGACCUGAAACGUACCCAUGCGCUGCUCAGUGAUGCCCAGCUGCUACUAUCUACAAUGGAGCAAACUGGCCAGGGGCAUGCCCCGGGAACCAAGGAGCAGUUGGACAGACUGCAGUGUCAGCUGAAGGACAGUGAGGCACGGCGUUUAGAGGCUGAGAGUGUACAGAAAACUCUUGCUAUGGAGCUGGAGAAUGCUCAGCUGGAGCUGGAGAGCAUCUGCAAACACAAAAGCCUGGUGGAUGAACAGUUGACUCAGCUGCAGUAUGAGAAGGCUGACUUCCUGAAGAGGCUGGAGGAAGACCAGGAGGACCUGAAUGAACUCAUGAAGAAACACAAAGCCCUUAUUGCACAGUCUUCUAGUGACAUCACUCAGAUACGGGAGCUGCAGACAGAGCUGGAAGAAGUGAAGAAGGAGAGACAGAGUCUACAGGAGCAGCUGCAGUCAAGUGCAGCACACUUGCAGUUCCUGGAGUCUUCCACAGUAGCUCGGAGUAUUGUGAGCAAGCAGGAGGCACAUGUGUGUGACCUGGAGAACAAGCUGGAGUUCCAGAGAGGCCAGGUCAAGAGAUUUGAGGUUCUAGUUCUGCGUCUGAGGGACAGUGUGGUGAGGAUGGGUGAGGAGCUGGAGCAGUCUGCUCAGGCUGAGGCAAGAGAGAGAGAAAACUCACAUUACUACCAGCAGAGGCUGGCAGACAUGAGGCUAGAGAUGGAGGAUUUAAGCCUCAAAGAACAGGAGAGUAGCUGUCGGCGCAUGGAGCUGGAAAUGCAAGUGGAGGAGCUUAGUGCAGUGCGUCAAACACUACAAGCUGAUCUGGAGACAUCAAUCCGACGUAUCGCUGAUCUACAGGCUGCCCUGGAGGAGGUUGAGUCUAGUGAUGAAAGUGACACAGAAAGUGUCCAGACUGCUGUGGAGUCCAUCUCUAGAAAGAGAGAAAUGGACAACACAUCCAGCAUGCACUCCAGUAUUGGCACAGAGGACUCUUGUAGGGGCAUUCAGCAGUGGCUGGGGGUGCCACAUGGUGGUCACAAGGAUUAUGGGGUUGGAGUCUCUUCCUAUACUGGAAACACAUCUGGCCCCCAGUCAGUCACAGACACAAUGAGCACCUACAGCUUCAGAUCAUGUUCUCAGGAAUUGGAGGAUGAUCUUGCUAGAAGUGCUAGAAUUCUGCCCAGGGCAUCAUCCUCAACUGCAUUAUCUGAGCUGUUGGAGGGCUUACGUAAAAAGCGGACUGGGUGGGACAAAAGUUCAGAGGUGGAUGAAGGCAGUACAGUGUCACUACCCAUUUACCAGCCCACAGCAGCCUCUAACCUGCGUCGCCGAGCCUUCAGCCUCUUGCCAGACACAAAGGAGGGCCUGGAGGAAACAAUGCAUCCAGGCAUCCUUAAAGUGCCCAGCCCUCUGCUGACCCAUGCUUCCAGCCUGCACUCCCUGUCUGAAUCCAUGCCAUCAGCCCCUUCAGCCACAUCCACACUGUCUUCUGUGAAAAUCUCCAAACUCUCUAUCCCAGAGGAACUGGAGGGGGACCCUGGUACCAAAACCUUGCCUGGCCUAGGCACCCAUCAUCCAGUCCGCCAUCAGCUGUUCAGGGGUCUGACUGCUGAAGGUGGUGGUGAGACCCUACUUGGGUCAGAGCCACUUGUCUUUCAGAAUCGGCAUCUUUUAGGAAAUCCUGAAACUGACAAAGUGACUGUUGGAAGUGAUUUAGGGGACACCAACUCAGACUUUGUCCCAGCUAUCCGUAGAUCACAAUCAAUAAGCAGCUUAGCAAGUAGCAGCUCCAGAGGGGGUCAGCGUCGCACCCUAAGUGUGCACUUUGGAGAACUGCCACCCUCCAGGGCAUUGUGCAAGGACUCUGAUUCAGACGCUUCUGAUUCUGAAAGCACUCAGCACUGGAUUGGACCACAAGAAAAGAGGCUGGAGGCUGAAGGAAGUGAGGGAGAUGUAAAUUCAGUGAUGAAAAAGUAUCUGAAGAAAGCGGAGGUUGACUGAACUUAAGGAAUUGGAUGAGGACUUUUCCCCUCCACAGUGGACAUUUUAUUACAAAUUCUAAGAGGCAGUGCGGAAAUAAAUUCUUCAGUUGAAUCAAAAUUGACUUGACUAGUUUCAGUCAUUAGUUGCUAAAAAUGUUCUUUUACACGUGAGAAAAGGCACAAGUAGUACUCAUUCUACCCAGCAUGCAGUCACCCACCUUGCUGAAUGUGGAAUCACAAUGAACAUGCUGCACAUUCUACUCUGUACACAUGAAUAAUAAAUGAUUUGAAUGAAACAAUGUUGUAUAUAUUCAAUAACCAGCAGC